ACUCCAAAAGAGCAACUAUUAAGAUCUGUGUCGGUACGAAAAGCUACGAAAAUCAUGGUUUUAUUUUUCAAACGAAUAAUGGCUUUUGCCUUCAUGUAUUCUAUCGGAAUAUUUUAUGGUUGUAUGGUGUUUUGUCGUUUGAUAUGGAGCAUUAUUCGAGAGGGUACCGUAGUUGUUAAGUCGGUACCGAUAGAGCAGGCACCAACCUGUCUUGAAGACAAAAACCUUGGUAUUCACAACUAUGUUACAACAAAAUCCAAAAUCACAUUUCACUACGUUGCUAAUGGCGAUGUUGGUCAACCGUUGAUGUUGUUUCUUCAUGGAUUUCCUGAGUUUUGGUAUUCGUGGCGCUAUCAGUUGAAAGAAUUUUGUAAAGAUUAUCGUGCUGUUGCGGUUGACUUGAGGGGAUAUGGAUUCAGCGACAAACCAGAAAAAACAUCUCUUUAUAAAAUAAACUAUCUCGCCGAGGACGUAAAAGAAAUAGUUGAAGCACUUGGUUAUACUUCAUGUACUCUUGUUGGACAUGAUUGGGGCGGAUUAAUAUCCUGGUCUGUGGCCCAUCGUUUUCCAGAAAUUGUGGAUAAACUUGUGAUUCUCAAUUGCCCCCAUCCAAAAAUAUUUAUGAACUUCCUCUUGUCAAGCUGGAAACAAUUUUUGAUGUGCUGGUACAUUUUCCUGUAUCAACUUCCAUAUUUACCGGAAUUAUUUAUAUCCUUAAAAAAAUUCAGAAUCAUAAGGGCGGUAUUUCGUGGAAAGUACGCCGGUGUGCGAAAUACGACCAACAUAAGCGACCUGGACAUUGAAGCUUUCAAAUUUGCAAUAUCGCAGCCUGGCGCGCUCACUGCUGCUUUAAAUUACUACAGAAAUGUUGUUACAAUGUAUAUUGAUAAUGAUUGGCUAAAAGAUGGCCAACCACGUGUUACGGCGCCAACACUAAUUGUAUGGGGGGAUCAAGAUGCAUUUCUCUUAAAGAAAUCUUUAGACUUCAUCCCAGAAUGUGUUGAGAAUUCCACAAUCAGGUUUGUUGGUGGCGCAAGUCAUUGGGUUCAGCAGGAUGAACCUCAGAUUGUCAAUGAUUUCAUCCGAGAAUUUCUGGAAUCAUCGUGAAGUAUGAAAUAAGACAAUAAAUAUACAAGGGGAUAAUCGCAUUCUGAACUGGCAAAAGAUGUGUGAUCAAUGACAAUUUUACAAUAAAAACAAAUUAGCGAUCUAAUUAAAUUAUAUGCGAUUCGAAUAUUGACGUUUGUGGUUUCGUUAU